AUGUUUUCGGAUGGUUCUGCGUUUGGUGCCGCGGAUCAGACACAUUUUCCAGAUAGAAUGGGUGCGCCGGUUUCCUCAGGUGCCGGUGGGGACGGUGCGGGCGCAUCCGGGCAGGGGUCCAGCGUGGAUCAGAAACAGAUCAGUUUUUCGGAGUUCAACCCGCUGACGAGGGGUCUGUCGUUGCUUGGGUCCUCGUUUGGUGCGGCCAGCGGGACACCAACGGGGGCACAGAUUCCAUCGGCCUCGCAUAGUCAGUCUAACGGUUUGAAUAAAACGGACACGGCGACUUCCAGUAACAAUAUUCUUCACAUGUUUUCACAGAACAAUUCAAGCUUCUCAUCGAAGAGGGAUUCUACGCUUAUCUUAAAUGGUACUGAUUCCGGGGAGAUGGAUUUCUUUUCGGGCUCCUUCAACAAAAGAAAUCUUAUGUUUAUAAACAGCAAACAGCAGAUUGGUAACAGUAACGCGGGCGGCAUACCCCAGAGCCAGAGUCAGAGUCAGAGUGGUGGGCGCCUGCCCUCCGCAAACAACCUAGAGCUGGACACAUUCUUCACCUCGGCUCAGAACUCUAUGAGGUUCCCGAGCGAAUCAGACCAUCAGUACGAUAGCCAGGAGGAAGGGAGAAGCUCAUCGUUGAAGCCGCUGCUGGAUCCCCUAGGGAACCCGCAGCAGAGUAGACCGGGUAUCCCCUCGAGCUUGUCCCGAUUGUCAUCGUUGGUCAACAUGUCCAACCAGGGGACAGCGGAAGAGGAACAGACGGAAUUGGAACAGUCGAACACACCGCCUGAUGUAGGAUCAGACGCCACGUUCCAUACAGAACAGGCUGCACUUUUGGCGAAAGUUUCAAAGACCAAGCCGAGACAGAGACGUGCACGGAAACUGAGGGCGAAGCCGAGCGGGGUCUCGACGGGGACAUUUUUGGAGGUGUCCUCCGCAGCGGGCGCAUUUGACCAUUCGGAUGAUUCACAGACGCCGCUCGGAGCCACGACAAUAGACCAGUUGAUGCUCGUAGUGGAGGCCAGAAAGAAGGGCGUGACAGAUAGAAUCGUCACGACAAACGACGGGAGGCUGCUUCUCGAUGCAAACCCUGAAAUAUUGCCCCGUCGUAUCGAACUCGUCGGUGGUGUCGAAAAACCAAUCGGGGCCAACGGUAUCAAACAGCACGAAUGCAACAUAUGUCACAAGUUGUUCAUUCAAUUGACACAUCUUGAAGUUCAUCUUCGUUCACACCUGGGUGAUAAACCGUACAAAUGUACAUGGUGCGGUAAAGGAUUUACUCAGGGGGGGAAUUUAAAGACCCAUGUCAGGUUACACACUGGUGAGAAACCUUUCUCUUGUGAAUUCUGUUCAAAGCGAUUUUCAAGGAAGGGGAACUUAACGGCGCAUCUCGUGACUCAUGAGAAAGUUAGACCCUUCGUAUGCAAAUUGAAUGGCUGUAUGAAAACAUUCACCCAACUCGGGAACAUGAAGUCGCACCAGAACAGAUUUCAUCAGAAUACACUGACUGAGCUGACAAGACGCUUAGCCAAUUUGGACCCAGCAGAAAACAUUUCAGCAGAAGAGAGAGAAAUGUUGAACUACUUUGCAUCUCUUUAUAAAAACUCCAACAAGGGCAUCAAGGGGAGAGGCCGUGGUAAGAAUACACAACAAGAUAAAUCAAGGACUGCAACCCCAACACAAGAUCUAAUCCAAUUCAAAACUGUGGACUAUCCAACGUAA